GACACUGGCUGUGGGCACAUUAUACGAGUUAUCAUCACUUGUGUAUUGAAGAACCAAGCGAAGUUGUAUUCUCUGAGCGUUAAUUAGCAGAUACCUUUGGAACCUGUGGCAAUGCUUCCAAUAAAAGAUGUUCGGUCCUUUUCAAUUAUCCUUGUGCUUCUAGUGGGUGCAUUGUCCAGUCAAGCCUCCCACCUCGAAACUUGGAGAGAAGCUGGACCCAUCAGGCAAAGAAAGACUUGGUCGCCACGGCCAGCACCAUAUUUCGCGGGGAACAGACAUCCAGAAGGUCUCCCUGGUAUCCAUCGGGGACAAGAAAUUCAGCAGUUACUUCCUAGGGAUCCCAAAGACACUCCACCUUACUUCGUCUCACUGUUUGAUCCGGAGAGGAACAUCCCCUUUUACUCUGCUUACAAAGUGACCCCGCAACAGGCGCCUUUCAUUGGAAAAUUCCACAGAAAAGAUGCGAAAGGGCGGUGGAGGAAUCCUCCAGGUGUCCCUGGCUUAUACGAUGCGUACAAAAAAUUAAUCAAACGAGAGCCUCUCAGUAAGGGCCACAUGAAUCCUGCAGGUAUAAAUACAUUCGAUAUACACAGUUUGGAGGCAACAUUCACCCUCACCAAUGUGGCACCACAAUAUAUUGCAUCUAAUAGCGGACAAUGGGAAAUUUUCGAGGCGAAGAUUCGUCGUUUCGCUAUACAGACUUGUGGAAGUCGUUCCCGCAAUGGAACUCUGUAUCUACUAACCGGAACCUCCGAAUAUGACAUGGAAGGAAUCAUUGCUGACAAUGGGAAUGUCAACAUAUUCCACUCCGAAGUCCGCCUUGACGAGGUAAAACUUGCUAUCCCGAGCGCGCUCUGGACUGCAGGGUGCUGUGUAUGGAGAGAUUCUAACCAUGCCAAAGACAACCGUGCAGAGUCUUUCGCGGUCAUGAGCAAUAAUGUGAAGGAUCCCAAGUGCCUCAACCAGACUGAAAUGAGUGUUUCGCGAGUGGAGAAACACCUUACCCCACGAGGUUGGCCAUUGGUGAAUCUGUUCCCUGGAGAGGAACGCUGCCGACACACCGAGAAUGAUGUUAGGCUGCAUUAAUCCGAAACAGUAAGGGAUGUUGUACUCAUAAUUAAUAGCCAGUUCGCCUUGUGCUUCUGUAGUUAUGUCAUAGCUCCGGGAACGAUAAUGCGAAUAUGAUUUACACAAGUAGGCAAAAAGUAUUGUUAGAGCAACUGUUGAUUAUACGGUAAAUUCUCGACCACUUCAUUUAAAUUGGUCGGUAUGUUUGAGAGAAACGAGGUCGAAAGAAAUACAAGUAAACUAACUAGCAUCAUCCUGCAGUUUAGCCUAACGUUCAGUGACUAAAACCUAAGGUCUUUCGGCAAUCAAUUUUUGACGUAUGUUUAAGAAUUAAUGCGGUCAAGUUACAGUAGAAAGAAGAAAUAAAAACUCCGGAACAACA